UUAAGAGAUUUGCCUCUGAAUGGUUAAGUAUUAUACAGAGUCUGAAUGGUUAAGACCUCUUAUCUGAAUUGAUCAGACAUUUGCCUCUAAAUAGUUAAGCAAUAUACUAACUCUUAAUGGUUCAGACCUCUUACUGGUUCAGCACUUAAUGGUUCAGACCUCUUACUGGUUCAGCACUUACCUAUUCAGAAGUUGCCAAACAGCCCCUAAAUUCGUUCACGCCUAAGUAUUCUCUGACGAAGUCACGAAGAUCAGCUGCGCUCUUGAUUACCAGAUGGAUUCCAACUCAGAAGAUACUCCUGGUCUUUCUUCUUCUUCCUGUUCGUUAUGUCUAAAAAUCUUGACAUCUGACAAUGACACCACUGACUUUGAAGCAGUAAAUAUGUGUAGUGAUUGCAAUUUCUUGGUCCUAGAAGACCUUGAUUCCCCCAUGAGAGACGUGUAUCAGUGGAGAUCAUCUGGGUUUAGGAGAACAAGGUAUAAUAGCAGUGCCGAGUCCAUUGAGAAUCUUUUUCCACAACAGGUCUCAUAUGUGUUUAACUUCGCAAGGGAACACCAGGACAAUAUGUUGGAGCACGAUGAUCAUUCUGUUGAUGCAGAUGGUGGCUCCAGAUCAUUGCAAUGUACAAGCUCUAGCCCAACUCCCAGUGGAUCUAGGAGGUUGAGGAGGGUGCUCUCUGAUACUGAAAGUGAUGGAAUUGGACCUGGCAUUGCCGAGAGCGAAUCAAAUCUGAGAUUUGGUGGCCACUACAGGGUCGUGGAUGGCGAAAAUGAAAGUAUUUCCUAUGGAUGGAGCUCUAAUGCUUCUGAUGACGGCAGUAGCUUACUUGGCAUUGAAAAUUCUGCAUAUGAAGGAAGUGAUGUCCAAACUGAUACAGACAUUGACCCCAUGCAUGCCGGUAUGUAUCAUUGGAACUCAGAUGAUCAAGAAGAGGAUGCCAGCAGAUGGGAAGAGGCUGGCAGUGAGGAAACCAUAUUUGGUGGUAGAUCUCGGCAAAGGUCAUUGAGUUUGACUGAGAGCACUUGGAGCAGACUAAACAACAUUCUCUCUGCAGAAUCUGAGGAUAUUGUGGAUGGGCAUGAGUUUGACGAAUUGGUCGACCAUCUCUCUGACGCCGAUGGUUUCAGAAGGGGAGCACCACCUGCGGCAGCAUCCGCUUUAAACAGCCUGCCGCGCGUGGUUAUCAAGAAUCAUGAGCAGCUUGAUGGCAUGGUUUGUGCAAUAUGCAAGGACUCACUGUUUGUGGAGACUAUUGUGAACCAACUGCCUUGUUCUCAUCUCUAUCACCCUUCUUGUAUCAUUCCAUGGUUAAGCUCCAGGAACACCUGUCCCCUCUGCAGAUAUGAGCUUCCAACUGACGAUCAAGAAUACGAGGACAAGAAACAUAGGAACCGUGAAAUUCAGCAGAGUGACAUGAAUGGCGAUGGUUCCUCAGAUGUGGUUAAUGCUGCUUCUGAAGCAAUCAGUACGGGUGGUUCUCGCUCGGGAGGACCUCAGGGGAGAUGGUAUUCUAUAGCUGCUGCUGCUGCUGCUGCGGCACCUGUUAUAAGUGUUGUCGGCAUUGCCCUUUUGUUGUGGUUGGGCAACCCAUUGACAGAGCCCAGGAGAAAGUCAAGUGUCCUUGAAGUAUUUUCUUCUCACAGACAGCCUUCAAAUCACCGUGGCAGGAGAAGGUGGAAUCUGAUCUAACACCUUCAAUCGCCUGAUUUUUUACUCUGAAGUUGAACCCGGAAGCUGGCCUCCAUUUUCAGCUUGAAUUGUUGCCCCUUGGGGAAAAAAAUAUUCAGGUAUACAAUGUAUUUGCGACAUGUUUUGAUAUGU